AUUAGCAAUUAUCUUUUCUUUUUUUUUUUAAUAAUAAAGACUCUCUUUCUAGAAAAACAAUGUGUUUUUAUUUUAUAGAUGGUUAACAUUUGUGUGAACAUAAGAACGAAAGUUUAAAAGCCUAAAGUCUGUUCACACAUUGGUGACACUUAUGGGAGUGUCUUUCUCGCAAUGUUUAAAAGCACAUCCUUUGGGGAGAGUCAGGAGUUUUAGCGUAGAACACUUCUCAGGCUGAGCUGUAGUGUUUGUGAGCCUCCUGUAAACGUUUCUAAAGAAAAUGGAGAAUCAAGACCAUAAUCAAAGCAGAGAGGCUCCUGGUACAGGGAACACCCAGCGACCCUUCAACAUGAAUCAUUACGCUACUAAGAAGAGUGCGGCGCAGAGCAUGCUGGAUGUGGCUCUUCUGAUGGCGAACUCCUCUCAGCUGAAGUCCGUGCUUCAUUCAGGAGCGCAGCACCGCUUCUACGUUCCUCUCCUCGCUCUGAUCUCACUCUCCAUCUCACUGCAGGUCAUCGUAGGCCUCCUGCUCAUCUUCAUCGUGAAGUAUGACCUGAAUGACGUAAAGAAACAGAUGAGGCUCAACACAAUGAAUAAUGUGGCCACUGUUUUUGUGUUCUUCACUGUUCUUAUCAACAUCAUCAUAACAGCACUGGGGUUUGAGUCUGGAGGGUGAGCAGUCUCAUUAGCGAAUGGCAUUAUUUUCCAGACUUUAGAGUCUGCAGGAAUGUCAAAUUGAAGUUUUACUGAAUUUACAUUUCUUUUUCAGAAGCAGCAUCUGAUAUUACAGUUCUUCAGAAAAAUAUAUUUAAGGACUGCUCACACAUUGUUGGUACCAUUGACUGUAAAUGUCAAGCUUUUUUCUUCCAUUUUUCUCAUCCAUACAGAUAUUGUCAUGUAUGGUUUUUGAUCUCAUGAGUUCUUUAUCAAAGUGAAGGUAUCCAUAUCUAAGUAAUGUGCAAUUUAAUGUUUUUUUUUUUAAAUCCUUAAUUUGUUACGGUUUAUUUACUUCACUGACUGCAAACAAGAAACCAAGACUUUGCAAUGUAAUCUUACCAGGCAUCUGCUUUGUCUUUCCUAGAGCCUAAACAUACCAGAUGUAUUUACACAUGUGGAACCAAUACUGCUAAAAACCUGAAGAAACUCUACUUUUAAUGUUUGGUUUGUUUUGUUCCUUGGUCGAAGGAUUUAACAAUCAAUAAA